UUUAUUCGGUCAAUAUUUAGUGCAGUACCACAAUAUUUCAAAAAAGAUGAAGAUAGAAGAGGUAAAGCCUAUCCCAUUAGUUCAAAGAAUAGCAUGCCAUAGCCACAUAAAAGGCCUUGGCUUAGAUGCGAAAGGUAUGGCUCUACCGUCAUCAUCUGGUUUGGUAGGCCAAGCUCAGGCUAGAGAGGCAUGUGGAUUAAUUGUCGAUUUAAUUAAAUCAAAAAGAAUGGCAGGAAAGGCAAUACUACUAGCUGGCCCUCCUGGCACAGGCAAAACCGCAUUAGCCAUAGCUAUAGCGCAAGAAUUGGGUAGUAAAAUUCCGUUUUGCCACAUGGUAGCUAGCGAAGUGUAUUCCUCCGAAGUCAAAAAGACGGAAGUGCUGAUGGAAAAUUUUAGGAAAGCUAUAGGCAUAAGAAUCAAAGAAACCAAGGAAGUUUUUGAGGGAGAAGUUACGGAGAUUUCCCCUUACGAAGUUGAAGACCAAUCUGGAGGGUUCGGGAAAACAAUUAGUCACGUGGUUGUCGGUUUGAAGACGGCAAAAGGCAGCAAGCAACUAAAGCUAGACCCAUCCAUUUACGAAAGUUUCCAGAAAGAGCGAAUCCUAACAGGGGACGUUAUCUACAUGGAGUCCAACAGUGGCAUAGUCAAGAGAACUGGUAGGAGUGACGCUUUCGCUUCAGAGUUCGAUAUGGAAUCAGAACAAUACGUUCCUAUCCCCAAGGGAGAGGUUCACAAAAGACGGGAAGUCGUUCAAGACAUAACCUUGCACGAUUUGGACUGCUCGAAUGCCAGACCUCAGGGAAAUCAGGAUAUCCUGUCUAUGAUAGGCCAAUUGACAACCAAUAAGAAGACAGAAAUCACUGAAAAGUUGAGAAGCGAAAUUAACAAACAGGUCAACGGUUACAUAGACGAAGGCGUUGGCGAAUUAAUUCCGGGCGUCUUGUUCAUAGAUGAGAUCCACAUGCUGGACCUGGAAUGCUUCACCUUCCUGCACAGGGCUAUCGAAUCAACCGUUUCUCCCCCUAUCCUCAUAUUCGCAACGAAUAGGGGUGUCUGUCAUGUCAGGGGUGCUGACAUUAACAUAACUUCUCCCCAUGGCAUACCCAGGGACUUGUUGGAUAGACUCGCCAUCAUCAGAACCUUACCUUACGAUGCCGAAGAGAUCACGUCUAUUCUCAGGCUCAGGUCAUCAAUAGAAUCCAUCCACUUUGCUCAGCCCGAGGCCCUGACUUAUAUGGGGCUUCUAGGAACCAGUACCACUCUAAGAUACGUUUGUCAAUUACUGUCGCCAACGUACAUCUUGGCCAAGAGCAAAGGUAAAAUAGGGAUCGAUAUCGAAGAUAUAGACGAGAUCAAGGAACUGUUCCUGGAUGCGAAAACAUCUUCCAAAUUAAUUUACCAACAGAGGGACAAAUUUAUCGUCUGAUUUUUUGGUUCUUGCCCGUUUGCGGCAAUUAUUGUGAAAUAUUUUUAUAUUAACUCGUAUCAUAUACUAUUGUAAAAUCGCGAAUGAACU